UUGGUGUACCAAAGCCUCUUUUCAAUCAAUCAACAAAUUAUUUUUAUUUUUGCCAAAAACAAAAAACAAAAUUAUUUCUUAUAAGGUGAAACUAUGAAUAUGAAUUUCUCAAAUGAAGAGAAAGAGAGUUUGAUAUAUGAUGUAAGACUAUCUUCAGUUGGACCGGGUCGGGUCACUGGAUCGGAUGUUUUCCACAACCCCGGCGGUUUGGACUUGGCCAUGAAACUUCACUACCUUAAAGUGGUUUACUUAUUUAACUCCGAGGCCAUACAAGGUUUAACCAUUACGGAAAUAAAAGAUUCGUUUGUCACUAUAUUCAACUAUUACUUUAUUAUUUGUGGCCGAUUUCGACGAUCGGAAUCCGGCCGUCCGUUCAUCAAAUGUAAUGACUCUGGAGCUAGGACAAUUGAGACCAAAUGCACCAAAACCCUAGAUGAAUGGCUUGCUAUGAAAGAUUGGUCUUCCUAUAAGUUGCUCUUUUCUCAACAAAUCAUUGGACCAGAAUUAUCAUUUUCUCCUCCUAUUUUAUUGCAGGUUACUCAAUUCAAGUGUGGUGGGAUUUCAUUGGGUCUUAGUUGGGCCCAUGUACUUGGGGACCCACUUUCAGCUUCAAAUUUCAUCAACCUAUGGGGCCAAACUUUGAACAAUUUGAGCCUAAAAAUUCCCUUCAACAUUCCAAGAUCCGCCCCAACAUCCCUUAAACCAGGGCUCGAAAAGGAUCCGGUUACGGUUAAACGAGUCAACCCGAUUGGCGAUCAUUGGAUCCUUGCCGACAGCAAAAAAAUGGACACAUUCUCCUUCCACAUAACUAGUUCUCAAAUGAACAACUUGCAAGCCCAAAUUUGGAGUCCGAAUGAUGAACAAGUCCCUCCUUUUGAAUCCCUAUGCGCAAUAAUUUGGCGUUGCAUUGCCCGGGUUCGAGAAGGAUCCGAACCCACAACGGUGACUAUUUGCCGACCUGGCCCUAAUGGUAGGGGCAAUGAUAUUAUUGGAAAUGACCAAUUGAUAUGCAAGGUUGAAGCUGGAAACGAAUGUUCUAUUGUUGACACUAAUUUGAAAAUUUUGGCUAGGAUGCUUGUGGAUCAAGGUAUUGAUGAGAGGAAUCAAAUUGAGGAAGUGGUAGAAAAAGAUAAUGGGGUGACUGAUUUUUUUGUCUAUGGUGCUAAUUUGACAUUUCUUGACUUAGAAGAUGUCAAUGUGUAUGACUUAAAAUUGAAGGGACAAAAACCCAGAUUUGUUUACUACACACUUCAAGGGGUUGGAGAUGAAGGUGUUGUUUUGGUGCUUCCUUGGUCAAAAGAUCCUAGCAUAAAUAAUAUUGAUGGAAAGUUUGUUACCAUUAUAUUGCCAGAAGAUGAAAUGGUGAAACUUAAAUCUGAGCUUAUGAUGAAUGGUGUUAUGUUUGAAGGUGUUUAUUACUGAAAAAUUAUAAUUAAGUAAGUGUAAGAAUAAAAAAGUUUGGUAUCUGUGGAGUUUAAUUUCUAUACACAGUCGGUAUAAAAUUAUUUUACACAUAUAUUCAAUAAUGUAUUAUCACGUUAUUUAAUAAAUGUGACACAUCAUGUAUUUAUAAACAUAAUAUAUACAUGAUGUGUCAAUAUAUUAUUAACGCAUAUGUAAAAUAAUUUUACACAUAUAAAUUAAAUUUUUAUUUUGUGUAAUUUAUGUUUGAUUGUGGUGUGGAAAAUAUAGAUUGCAGUAUAUUAUAUUGGUUUAUUUGGGCUCUCAAGUUUCAAAUAAUUGUUUGUAUAUUGGCAUGCAAGGCCUAAUUGCUUGUCGU